UGCCAAACCAAACCUUGUAUAUAUAUAUAACCCACACACCCACACUUCAAAUUAUAGAAACAAUAUUUACAUCAACAGCAUUACAUAUUUAAAAAAACAAACUAAUGAGCAGACGACGUCUUAGCAUCAAUCCCCUCACCUCUCCAACUUUGAACGAAUUGGAAAUGCAAGACAACACAAGCACUGCCGCCGCCGCUGCGGCCGUGGCCGUGGCCCCCGCCCCCGCCCCCGAGCCCGGGAAAACGAGCAUCCACGUGACGGCCCUGGACGGCAUAGUGAACGUCAACUCCCUCUUCACGAUGUCGUUGUUCAUCGGCUUCUCCAUGACCGUCCCACAGAACGCCACCACCGCGUCAAGCGCAGCGUGCACCACCAGCGCGGAGACGGUGAGGCGGCUGAUCGUGUUCGAAGUCAUCUCCUUCAGCUUCUUCCUCUUCUCAUCGCUGGUGGCUCAGAGCUUGAAGCUUCAGAUCAACCUGCGCAACAACAUGGACCCCACCGAUCCUCACAAGGGCGACAUCGGCAUCGACCACCUCAAAUACUGCCUCUUCGGCUCCGCCGUCGGAUCAGUUCUCGGCUGCACGUUCCUGACGAUGUCGAUCGUGGAUUUCAUAAGGGUGAAAUUGGGGUCGCUGUCGUGCGGCGGGAAGCCGGUUUACGCGGUGGUGACGCUGUUGGUAUUCGUGGGGUCGGGGCUGCUAAUUUAUGUCAUCACUGCUGCUCGUGCGGCUUUCAUUGUGCAAAAUGAACCACCUGCUUCUACUGUUGAGGAGAAUGUGAGGGCCUAGUUUCCAUGAGUAGAAAUAUUCAUUUCGUUUGGAUGGAAUUAAAUUAAAUUAAUCUGCAGACCUAGUUUCUCUUUCAUGUAUUAAUAUAAUAUUAAGGCUAGUGGGCUUGCAGCUGCAGCUAUAUUACAACUUACAAGCAGUCCGCUUAGUGUGAUAUCUUUAGACAUGCGCAAUAAAUUAUGUUCAAAUAUGAUUAUAUAAAAGGGGAAUAGUGGAUUUUGAAAA